AAAACCACUAACACGAGUAUAAAGGACCGAAACUAUAGACGCUCACGAGUUCUGCCAUUCCUCCGUCGCCGUCGCCGUCGCCGCCGCCGCCGUCCUUAGCUCGAACGGAGUUUCUGAAGCUGCCCCUACAGAGAAUUGUUAGAAUAUAUCCGAACCCCGUCUUAUAAUGGCUUCUGGGAAGGGGACAGAGCAAGAUCAACUCGCUGAAUCUCUUAAUGAUCUUUUCACUAACGUCUCUGCCAUGAUCAAAGGCGAACUCCAGGGAACUAAUAACGUGCUCGAGCUUUUGGAGAAGAUGAAUAUAAGAGUAGCAGAAGAAUACAAAGGCUUUGGUGACGUGGCAUCGGGAUUAAGAAUAUUUGUGGAGCAAUUGAAGUCGAAAAGCAGCACAUUUGAUGAAUAUGUUCUGCAGCUCGAUACCAUAGAGCAGCAUGUUACAGAAUUCGAAGCUGUAAUUUCUAUGCUCGACAAAUAUGUUUUGAUGUUGGAAUCGAAAAUGCAAUCUGUGUACCAGAUUCCACCUCAGUAAAAAUAAGCUUAUGGGUAAUCAUUAUUGCAAUACAUUCAUAACACCUUUAAGUAUUGUAGAUGUACAAUUUUUUUUUAAAA